UAGCGUGGCUAGUGUACGGGCUUUAGAGCGCACUUGGUGUCUGUAGCUCAGUUGAUAAUAAGCAAGAAAAAAUGGUCGAGGCGUUUGUAGGUUCUUGGGAUUUGCAACGAAGCGAAAGCUUCGACGAAUAUAUGAAAAAUCUGAACGUGAAUCUCAUGCAGAGGACACUUGCUGUCACUGUAAAGCCCAAAACUAUCAUUUCUGUCGAAAACGACGUAAUCACUGUAACGACCAAGAGCAGCAUUAAAACGACAAAGAUCCAAUUCAAGCUUGCAGAGGAAUUUGACGAAACCACCGCAGACAAUCGGGCAACUAAGACUACUGUGGUAUUGAAAGACGGCAAACUGGUCCAAACACAGAAGUGGGAUGGAAAAGAGACAACCCUGGUUCGAGAACUGAAGGAUGGCAAAAUGAUUUUGACUUGCACCAUGGGCGAUGCGGUGUGUACCAGAGAGUAUGCGAGGUCCAAAGAUGAUUAAAGGAAGAUGAAUUCUACUCGACAUCCAUUUGUUUUUGCUGCUUUUCUACUGGACCUUCCCUAAGUACUAUGCAUCAUUAGGACUGUUCUUUCAUGGCAUUUACUGAGUAAAGUCAGGUUUUGCAAGUUACAGAUACACUUUAACAGAUAUGGUGCUGGAUUGUCAUCAUACUGAUUGUGACUUAACUUUUACAAAUAGCAGUAUUGAGUUAUGUUUAUUGAAAUAACAAAUGGACAGACCUUUUCAUUUUUCUCUUCAGACAAACAUUACAAAUUUUUUUAAAAAUCUUAUUAAUUUCCAGUAUGAAUAUGCUGGACUAAAAUUCUGCUCAAGAAAAUGACUAGGCACAAAAUAAGCAUUCGAGUACUAUAUUUUUUUUGGCAGUUAAUUAUGUUUGUCAUACUACAAUUGCUUGCUUGCUUUACAGACUGAAGGUGAUGUGCAGCUCUCUUGUCUGAAACCUUUGCUGUUUUUUUAAUUGCUGGCAUUGACAUUUCUUCCCCACUCCCCGGUAUUAUUAGACCUCUUUUGUUUCAAAUGGUGCAGCCUUUGGAUACAGAACAGCCCAGUGUACAACCAGAGUGCAAAGACAGUCCAACCUUGGCAACUCUUAAUAAAAAUGUGCACUACACAA